AUGCCCAAAAAAAAGGGAGCCAAACGGACAAAGGUGACCCUCAAGACCGCCAAAAAGGCGAUAAAGACAACCCCGGAUGGAAGACGCAGACUCACCCUUAGUAACAUGGGCAUAACCGUCUUCCCCAAGUGUCUGUUUAAGCUUACCAAUGUGGAGGAGUUGGACCUCAGCAGUAACAUGAUAGAAGCCCUCCCUAACAACAUUGGGGCCCUCUCAACACUAACAUUGCUGGAUCUGCACAGUAACAAGCUGCAGUCUUUACCCGAGUCCAUGGGCAACUUAUUGGGAUUGACCCAUCUCAACCUCGCUAACAACUGCCUAACUUCUGGCGGUUUACCCUCCUCACUAGGUCGUCUCAUCAACCUGACGAGUCUAAACCUCGGACUAAACCAGCUGAAGGCCUUACCUCCCACCUUUGAACACUUAGAAAAUCUCCAGGAAAUAGGCUUGUAUGAUAACCUAUUCGUCAAGCUACCAGAGUUCCUGAAAGCUUUACGCAACCUCACUAAAGUGAACAUUGAGCGAAAUCCUCUCACAUGUGCUCAGGAGGACAUAGAAGGGAAAACGUCGGAGCUAAAAGAAAAUAUUCAGAAAUGUGAAGCACAAAGGUUUAAAACAGGGUGUGGAGGAGAUGGAGGAGAACGAAGUGGUGAUUUGUUUGAGGAGCGCAAGAAAAUGAAUUUUUCUGGGCUGAUGACACCAAACUCAGUAGCCAGGAUGAAUCAGGAUGUGUGGAGGAUCAAACGAAAGCUGGAAUCCAAGAAAACCAUCACAUGUCCAAGCAUCUGCUGA